UUGUUUUGUUUUGUAACUGAAGUCGACGCAUGAUGUGCAGAUAUGCGAGUAAUGUGACUUUCGGGGGGGAAAAAAUUCCUUUAGUACGACUAUUUAUGAUUAUUCAGAUUUUAGACAUGGUAAUUUCUUCUCAAAAUUAUCUGUAAAUUAAAAACUUAUUAAACUGAUUUUUAUUCUUAGUAUCUGAUAAAAUACAUACUUUUUGUUGUUGUCUUAUAUUUCCAGGAAACCAGCUAAAUUUUUUAAAUUAAAAUUUCAACAUGAAAAAUCGUGGUUUAUAUGGACCUAUUACUCGAAUAUCUCUACUAGUGCGUUCGGAGCAGAUACUUAAAAGGCCUGCUGCUUCGGAAGUCUUAAGUUGUCAUAUAAAACAAAGAAAAUAUCCACCUUGGACAUCAUAUUUUGUUAAGUACAACAGUAUCCUUAAUGAUCAGUUUGGGUUAUCUCAUUUCAAUUGGCAAGUCGAACAUGCUAAUUAUCACAUACUCCGAACAGGGUGUUUUCCAUAUAUUAAGUACCACUGUACCAAAAGGCAUUUUCAGAAUUUAGAAAUGGAAAAUAAAUUUUUCUUAUAUUUAAAAGUUUUAAAUUUAGGUCUUCCUACGUUAGCUUAUGGAUUAGGAGCGUUAUUAUUAAUCAAGUUUGAAGAGACCGUAAAUACCCCAUUGGGACCUGUGAAAAUAUUCUUUUUAAACGAAGAAAAAGACUCUAUGUAUUGAAAGUUGAAAUAUUUAACUCAAAUAAUUUAUAAUCGUUUUCUGUUUUUCUAGUCUUAUUUUGAAACAAACUGUUACAUGUAUCUUAAUAAAUACUUUGUUUGUAGUAA